AUGAGAAGAUUGCUAUUGAAACGGCUGAACAUAUUUAAUCAAAUACGACCUAAUCAUAAUACGCACGCCAUAACAGUGAAGGAAAUUAAAGAUAAAUUAAAUACCACACCUCAAUCGAAACUCCGAACGUUUUCCAUAAUUGCACAUAUUGAUCAUGGUAAAUCCACUUUAAGUGAUCGCUUCUUGCAAUUAACUAAUGUGAUAUCACAAGAUGUCUCCUCAACAAGAAGUCAAAUUCUUGAUACGUUAGAAGUGGAAAGGGAAAGAGGUAUUACGAUUAAGGCGCAAAGUUGUACUCUAUUCCAUGACGGUUAUAUUUUACAGUUAAUUGAUACCCCAGGACAUGUGGAUUUUAAGAGUGAAGUUAUGAGUUCGAUGAGGGCUUGUGAUGGUGUCGUUUUCUUAGUCGAUGCUAUUAAGAAAGUACAAGCUCAAAGUGUGGCAUUUUAUAAGAUGGCGCUGGGAAUGAAUUUAAAAAUCAUACCCUGUAUUAAUAAAGUAGACCUCGUUGAUGAUUACCAAUUGAAAUUAUGUAUGGAUGAUAUUCUAAAAAAUUUCAAAGAGAUUAAGAAAGAUGAUAUUAUCAAGGUUAGUGGGAAAACCGGGAGUGGAGUUAUGCAAGACUUAAUCCCUGCUAUUAUUACCAACAUACCAUCACCUAGCGGUGAUCAUAGGGCACCAUUUAGAGGGAUGCUUUUAGAUUCAUGGUAUGAUUCAUAUUUGGGGGUAAUAUUACUGAUUAAAGUUGUAGAUGGCAAUAUUAAGGUUAAUGAUAAAGUGAUUAGUGCAUCUACAGGGAAGAGUUAUGAAAUUAAGGAUAUUGGUAUUAUGUUUCCAACGAGAGUUAGUAUUGGGCAAUUACAAACUGGACAAGUAGGAUAUAUUAUUGUAAGUAUGAAAGAUUCACGAGAUGCACAAGUAGGUGAUACAUUUAUGAAAUUGGGUCAAGAAACUAAGACUAAACCCUUACCAGGAUUCAUUAAACCACAACCUAUGGUUUUUGUUGGAGCAUUUCCAGCAGAUGGAAUUGAUUUCAAAUCCAUGGAUGAUAAUAUUCAAAAAUUAGUCCUCAAUGACAGAUCCGUGAAUUUGCAGAAGGAGAGUUCAAAUGCAUUAGGACAAGGUUGGAGAUUAGGGUUUUUAGGAACUUUGCAUGCCAGUGUCUUUAAAGAAAGGUUAGAGAAAGAAUAUAAUAAUUCACAAUUAAUUAUUACACAGCCAACGGUACCGUAUGUUGUUAAAUUUCAAGAUGGUACUGAAAGUGUCAUUACGAAUCCGGAUGAUUUCCCACAAUUAAAUUCACUUUGCAGACAUAAUGGUAAGAUGCAAAAAGCCAUCGGAUUUCAAGAGCCUUAUGUAGAAGCUACAAUCAAAACACCUCAAGAAUAUUUAGGUAAAGUGAUAACACUAUGUGAUAAUAAUAGAGGGGAACAAAUUGAUGUCCAGUAUGAUAAUGAUGGUAAUGAUGUAGUGAUAAAAUAUAAUCUCCCGUUAUCGAAUUUAGUAGAUGAUUUCUUCGGUAAAUUAAAGUCAUUGACGAAAGGAUAUGGUAACUUGGAUUAUGUUGAUAUUGGUAAUCGAGAUUCAGAUAUUAUUAAAUUGGAAUUGUGCGUCAAUGGUAAAAGUAUUGAUGCAUUAUCUCAAAUCAUACAUCGGUCUGAAGUUACAAGGAAAGGAAAAGAAUGGGUAGUUAAAUUCAAAGAAUAUAUUAAGUCACAAUUAUAUGAAGUUGUCAUUCAAGCGAGGAUGAAUGGUAACAAGAUUAUUGCAAGAGAAACGAUAAAGGCACAAAGGAAGGAUGUGUUGGCCAAAUUACAUGCAUCUGAUGUUUCAAGAAGGAAAAAACUGUUAGCUAAACAAAAAGAAGGUAAGCAAAAGAUGAAGAGCAUUGGUAAUGUUCAGAUUAAUCCUGAAGCAUAUAGGGCAUUUUUGAGUAGAUGA